AGGCAUAAACCGGAAGCAGACGAAAUACCAUAUUGAAAUUUAUGAAGUCAAAAUGCUUCGGGCAAAAAAGUCCUGCUAAUUGAUAUAGAAAUGGAAUAAUGGAAGAACAAACGAAAUCAAUAAGACGUUAUGUCUCUAGGACGGUGGACUAGAACCAAGAGUUGACCACCGGACAGCACAGAACCUUCACACAAGGCAACCUUAAGACGAUUUGGAUCCGGAAAGGAGUGGAACUCGAGGAAUGGAGAAAAAUAUUAAAAGUUUAAAAUGUUCACGAAACGGCAUAUUUAAAAGAUGUAUAGCUGCCGUCCUGGUUUUCACAACAUUAAACCUUGUGAUAUAUAUGUUGUUCGAUUACUUUGGUGUCUUUGGUAUCAACAAAAGAAUGAGAAACUUGUUGAUUUAUAGUAAAAAUGUGUCACACGAAGUAGAACACAUGCUUCAGCAGUUAAAUGGGACUAUACAUCCUUUGACAAAAGCCUACACCUCUCGGAGCCCCUUACCCGAUUGUCCGGACGUCCCUCCAAAACUAGUUGGGCCUCUAGCUACGUAUUUGAAUUCUCCAUCUUUUGCUGAAUUGGAAGCUGAAUACUCGCUGUUACUUUCCGGUGGCUGUUAUUCCCCUGUGGAAUGUGAAAGCCGUCACAGGGUGGCUGUGAUAAUACCGUACCGGAAUAGGGAGAAACAGUUACGACGCUUCCUGUAUAACAUGCAUCCUUUUCUACAAAGGCAGCAGAUACACUACGGAAUUUAUGUUAUUGAACAGUCGGGAAACAACACGUUUAAUAGAGCGCUGUUAAUGAACAUUGGUUAUGCCGAAUCUUUGAAGAUACAAAACUACAAUUGCUUCGUGUUCCAUGACGUUGACCUGAUACCGGAAGACGAUCGGAUACACUACGGCUGCGGGGAACAACCUCGCCAUCUAUCGGCUGCUAUUGAUAAAUUUCAAUACAGACUUCCUUACACAGGUUUAUUUGGAGGUGUUUCACAAAUUCCAAAAGAGGCCUUCGUAAAGAUAAACGGAUUUUCAAACAAAUAUUUCGGUUGGGGAGGGGAAGAUGACGAUUUAUGCUCGAGGGUACGAGCUGAGGGCUACACGAUACAAAGGUACCCCAUAAAUAUUGCCAGGUACAAGAUGAUUAAUCAUCAUCAUGAAAGCGGUAACGCCGAGAACCCAAAGAGGUUUGGUUUGCUUCGAGAUGCAGCAAAACGAUACAAAGCGGACGGACUGAACAGCCUCAAGUACAAUGUGUUAAACAUAAGUUACAAGAAGCUGUAUACACUGAUCUCUGUGGAGGUCAAACAAUCCGACUAUGACAAGUGACAAAACGUGAUGCGCAUGCCAAGUGGAUACACGUGAACGAUACGUUGAGUACGCUGUCUCUGUGCAACAAACCUCCGUAACCCGCUGUGUCACGUGUGACACACUCUGAUGUCACGUGUGACACAUUAUGAUGUCAAGUGUGACACAUUCUGAUGCCACGUGUGACCUACUCUGAUGCCACGUGUGAUAUUAUUUGAUGCCACAUGUGACAUACUCUUUACCAUAGAAAAAAAUCAAAGCAUUUACAUGGGAGAAAAAAUAACUUCCUGCGUUACCUUGACUGACAGUCAAUACAACUGGUCAUGACAAACUUCUACUUGCUCGUUGUUCUUUCCAAAGAAAUGUUUUCGAGUUGCUUUGGGUUUAUAUAUUUAUUUCGAGUUUUCUUUUAAGAAUACAGAUCGAAUACUGUGCAAACUAUUUCACUUUGUUUACAAAAUGCUUUGGAGUUUUCUUACAGAUCCCUAGAUGACGUAAACAAACAAAAAUGGUUAAGUAGUCCAUUGUUUUAGUACUUUUAUUUAUUUAUUCGGGGUUGAACGUCCUCUCAAAAACUGAGGACUUAUGAAGACGGGUGCACAAGGAGGCACCACCUAACAGAAAUGGUAGGAAGGUUAAAAACAGCUGAUGCCUCGAGGUCCAAAAUGUUACAAUAGGGGAAGUAUAGAUCUCUUUCGGAUUCUUUCAACAAGCAGGAGACCCAGAAGAAACAGAGGAACACCGCUGGUUAUGAAAUGAGUUCUACAUCAGCCGCCUCUUACGACGAAAUGCAGUAAGAGACAGCAGGCUUAUUUCUUCCUCUGGUAUUGAAUUAAUUCAAGCUGCAUUUUUAUCCACAACUGUUGUUAUAAUCAUUUAUCAUUAUCAAUAUAUGAAAGUUUCUAAAUGCAUUUUGUACAUGACAUAGGGCUACAUAUGGUAUAUAUAUACGUCUGCGCAAUAAAUGAGUGCUUUCUGAUUCG